AUGAGCUUUUUUGGCUUUGGGCAGAGUGCAGAAGUCGACAUAGUUUUAGAUGGACAAGAGAACAGAAGACAGGUGGAGGUUAAGACAGAAGAUGGCAAAAAGGAAAAAUGCUAUCUUUAUUUUGAUGGUGAAACAGUUUCAGGAAAGGUGAACAUAACUUUGAAGAAAAGUGGAAAAUUAGAACACCAAGGAAUUAAAAUUGAGUUCAUUGGACAGAUUGAAUUGUACUAUGAUCGGGGAAACCAUCAUGAAUUCACUUCCCUUGUCAAAGAGCUAGCUCGGCCAGGAGAGCUGACUCAAAGUACCAGUUAUAAUUUUGAGUUUUCCCAAGUAGAGAAACCUUAUGAAACUUACACAGGAGCAAAUGUGAGAUUAAGGUAUUUCUUACGGGUGACAGUUGUCAAGCGCAUCUCAGAUACAGUGAAAGAGCAAGAUAUUGUGGUGCACACUUUGUCCCAGUAUCCUGAGAUGAACUCCAGCAUCAAGAUGGAAGUGGGAAUUGAAGACUGUCUGCACAUUGAGUUUGAAUAUAAUAAAUCCAAAUAUCAUUUAAAAGAUGUGAUAGUGGGUAAGAUUUACUUCUUGCUGGUGCGAAUCAAAAUCAAGCAUAUGGAACUGCAAGUGAUAAAACGUGAGACUACAGGAACAGGUCCUAACACAUUCAAUGAAAAUGAAACAAUAGCAAAGUAUGAGAUCAUGGAUGGUGCUCCAGUGCGAGGGGAAUCAAUACCUAUAAGGCUAUUUCUCAGUGGCUACGAAUUGACACCGACGAUGAGAGACAUCAACAAGAAGUUCUCAGUAAGAUACUACCUUAACUUGGUGUUGGUGGAUGAGGAGGAGCGGCGCUAUUUCAAGCAGCAGGAAAUCACAAUUUUCCGGCGGGCAGAUAAAGCACGCAAAAACUACCAGGCUGCUCUGUCACAUCACAAUCCAACACUUCUGUCUGACGGUGGCGGCAACAGCAAAACGCUGAGUCCACAGCAGCAGCUGUCACCUGAAAAGGAAAAAGCUGCUGCAGACAAGAAUGAUGACGAGGUCGGGCAGGACCAAGAUAGUAGUUAA